UUUUACUAUUAUUUUUAAAGAAUAAUCCAUCAAAACUCCCCGAGAAACCCCUAAUUUUGUCAUCCGACUGCUAUGCGAACUGCGUCUCGGCGAUCUAUAAAGUCCCAACUCCCAAGCCGCGACUUUCAGCUUCCCAUGGCCGACACCUCCAAAACAUUUCCAGUUUCACCGUCGCCACCAAGCCACGCCCUUCCCGUUCACUGUUAAUUUCUGCCUUAUCUCCUUGCUUCUCACCCUUUCUGCUCUGCCAAAAAGACAACAGAUCUUACUUCUUUCUCUCCUUGUAUUCAAAAGCCACCAAAUCUUUCACUGGUUAGAUAGUCUCCUGGUGCUGACCGCUAAUCCUGCCAUUUUAUUGCUUAAUUUUUCUAGUUCAUUCUUUCUGCUUGCAGUAUUUGGAAGAAAACAAACAUUCUUGAUCCCCAAAGUUCGAGGAAACUCAUUUAAUGUGCAAAGAUAGUCAAAGAGUUUUGAUUUGCUUCUUUGGGAUUAAGUGUUGCAAAUAUGCAAAAUAUUCAUCGGGUUCUAUCACGUUUCUCCUCUGGGGUCCUAGGCAUUGGCACAAGUAGAUCCACUUUUGGAAAUGUUACAAGGGUUUCAACACCUUUUCAAGUUAGAGCACAAGUGUUUUCAGCUAAGUCUGGGGGUGGUGAUGGAAACGAAGGGGAAGGUGGUUGGGAUAGUGGGGUGGGUGGAUCUUUUGGUGGGAGUGGUUCUGAUGAUCUAGGUUGGGAAUCUAUUUCAUCAUGGUCGACUGGAUUGACUAAGGAUCAUUUUGAUGGAGAGUUUGAGGGUCAGAGGACUGAUUUUAGCUCUACUGUUGCUGGUGGAUUAGAUGCUUCUCAGACUGCUUUGGUCUCUAGUAUGCAAGAGAUUGAUGAUAAGAUUGAAGAAUUGCAGGCAGAGAACAGAAAGGGCAAGGCUUUUGUGGAUGGUUGGGGUGAGAGGUUGCGUGAGAUAAGUGUGCUCUUGAAGCAAGUAAGGGAGCCUGGUGCAAGAGGAUCUUACCUGAAGGACUCGGAGAAGGCUGAGAUGUACCGCUUGCACAAGGAGAAUCCUGAAGUCUACACGGUUGAGAGGCUUGCCAAGGACUAUAGGAUUAUGAGACAGCGGGUGCAUGCCAUUCUUUGGCUGAAGCAACUUGAGGAGGAAGAGGAGAAAAAACUUGGCCAUCCCUUGGAUGGCUCUGUGGAGCUUUUGCUUGACACUUGCCCAGAAUUUUUUAAUUCUCAUGACCGAGAAUUUCAUGUGGCCUCCCUUCCUUAUAAGCCUGAUUUCAAGGUAAUGCCAGAGGGUUGGGAUGGUACCAUCAAAGACCUGGAUGAAGUCCACUAUGAGAUAUCCAUGAAAGAGGAUGAGAUGCUCUAUCAAGAAUUUGUCCAGAAGAUGAACUUCAACAAAAUGAAAAUGGCCGGGCAGGUGAAAUGCCACAAAUAUAGUAGGCGGCGUCCUUCUGAGGGUUGGAACUUCAUGGUGGAGAAAAUGGGACCACGAGGGAAGCGUGGAGGUGGUGGUGGCUGGAAGUUUAUAAGCUUGCCAGAUGGAUCAAGCAGACCACUGAAUGAGACGGAGAAGAUGUAUGUGAGGCGAGAGACUCCCCGUCGCAGACGCAAGAUUCUCCCUUGAUGUCAAGUUUGUGCUGUUAGAUGUCAAAACCUACUUUUCUUGGUCAUCAAAGGAAAAAAAAAUAAUAAAAAAGAAAUUAACAUA